AAUAAAAAACCAAUUGUUGCACCCCUCAAAAAGAUGGAAAAUGAACAAAAAGUGCCAUACCGUCGCCUUGAAAGUGCAGUACUAAAGUUUACUAAAGUAGUUAUUCCAACAGACCUAGAAAGAUUGAAGAACCAUCAGUUAAAUAUUGAGAAGUAUCGAAAAUGUAAAUCGUGGGAUCAGUUGCACAAAGAGCAUAUUAACGCGGGACGUACUGUGCAACAACUUCGUGCCAACAUCAAAGAGAUGGAAACACUUUUUCUCAAAGUAAGAAAUGAAGAUAUCCUGACCUUGGCAACAGUAUUGCAACCAGUAAAAAAAUUAGCUUUAGAUUCAAUAAGUAAUUUUUUGGAACUUCACUCAAAAUCUGUGGAGAAUUUACUCCUAAAUGAAGAAUGUUUGUCUGAAGAGCAGAAUUCCAUUUCUAAAGAUUAUUGUGUAAAAGAUUCUGAGAGUCACGUUGAUGCACAGUUUCUACAAAUUCAAGAUCAGAUUGCCUCAGAAUCCUGGAAUUCACUAGAAAAGGAUUUACUUGACUUGAAUGAAAUGGUAAAUGAAUUUUCGCACCUAGUACAUACUCAGCAGGAGAAGAUUGACAGCAUUGAAGACCAUGUCAACACUGCUGCUGUGAAUGUUGAAGAGGGAACCAAAAACCUGGGGAAGGCAUUAAAAUACAAGCUGUCAGUGCUUCCUGCAGCAGGUGCUCUCAUUGGUGGUAUCGUUGGAGGUCCAAUUGGCCUGCUGGCAGGAUUCAAAGUAGCAGGUGUUGCAGCUGCGAUUGGUGGUGGACUUCUGGGCUUCACAGGUGGAAAAAUGUUACAAAGUAAAAAAGGAAACAUUGUAAAAGAAGAGAACUGCAAUACAAAGGAUUCUCUCCAAGAAGAAAAAUCUGCCUAA